CAUACGACGUCAAGACAUAGACCACACAGCUCAGCGAACUCAAAAUGUCUCGAGAAGUGGCGAAAGCGGCCAAGUCCGCUACGAACGCCAUUGCUGUUCACAAGAAAUAUACUGUUCAGUCGACAGGUAUUUGGGAAGUAAUCCGACGUGCGCUCUCCGUCGACCCCAAUCGAUCAACCGGUGUCCCAUUGAACCCUCAAUUUCGCAAUCCGACACCUGGUGCUCUACCACCACAAUCAUACGACGACCCCGUCACACUCCCCGCGGCCGAUCUAGCAGAUAACCCGUACUGGAAGCGUGAUGUCCGUCGCAACUAUCCUCAACUCAGCGUUUUCAGCCAAGGAGAUGUUGCCGGACUUUUGACGUUUGGAAAUAAACAGGCACCAAAGGAAGAUGCUCUUCAGGCUGGAGAGGCUGGUCAGAAGCAAUUGAUUGCUGUUAAGCAGGAAGCAGAGGAGAAAGGAUUAGCAGCACACUUUGAAAAGGACAAGAGCAGCAUCAAGAGCGUUUUGGGUCCUGAUGGUUUACCGCCUCUGCCUGCUAGACUGAGCAAUACAUCCAAGUACGAGUUGGGAUCUGGUCAGGGAUAUCCAGAGAAAUAUCCAUGCCGUACAUUUGUCUAACUUCUCCAAAAAGAUGCGGUUCCAUUUGAUAGUUUGUCUGGGUGCUCCGUCAUUUCGCCAAGGGCCUAGAAUAGAUUUGUACAGCAUGAAUCAAUUUUUCAUUGUUUUUUUCU